CGCCUGGGUUCCAUUCUAUUCUUCGUCCGCGGCGGAGCAAAACCCGAUUUGCUGCCUGCAACAUGCGCGUCGCAGCGGGCAAGAGGGCGCUCGCUUGACGCCGCAUCCUACUCGCACGAGCCAAAAAAUACAAUAUUUUUACUGCCGCAGCGAAUCACGAAUCGCUGCCACCGCUAGCGCUCCCGCAGGGCAAGUGCAGUCUGUGCUACCAGUGCAGCAGCGGCAAGCGAAGGGAUAAACGCUCGAAUAAACAACGCCCACCGCCGCGGGCCAAGGCCAUGCGCAUCAUCAUGCUCGCGCUCUUCGCACGCGGCGCCCGCGCGCUGUCGGCCGUGCCGGCGGCCGCGCGCCGCCUCCAGAAAAUAAAAGAGCUCGAGAGCAAGCACGCAUCAUUAGUGGCCAGCGGCGCGAAGCCCGCUGUGAUAAGAAACGCGCGGAAAGAGCUCGGGCGCCUGAAGCGGAUGCCGCCGCCGGUUGAUGGCGUCGAGUCCGCGGUGGCGACGUUCUACGGCUUCUUCGCAGUGGAGGAGCCGUCUGUAGUCGUCGCGAGGCUGCGUGCAGCGCUCGAAGAGGACGGUCUCGUGCUUGGAUCGGUGUCGGUGGCUAGCGAGGGCUACAACGGCGCCCUCGCGGUGCCCGUCGAACGACGAACACGGCUGGCACAAACGUUGAGUAAUGCGGCUCCGGAGCUGUGGCCAACGGAAGAGGACGCGAUCAAAGCGCUGAACUGGGACGCCCAGCCGACGCGGAGCAGCCCCUUCCACCGGCUAUUGGUGAAAGAAAAGAAACGAGCCCUGGUGGACGGCUUCGAGGAGCCCCUGGACUGGGACGACUGCGGCGCCGAAGUGCCACCGGAGGCCUGGCACGACGAGAUCGCGCAACCGGGCGCCACUGUCCUAGAUGUCAGAAACACGUAUGAGAGCGACGCCGGCUCCUUCGCCGGCGCGACGCCCCUCAACACGUCGACCUUCGUGGAAUCGUGGCCGAGGCUCGACGAAGCGCUCGCCGACGUGUCGAGAGAUGAACCGGUGCACAUGUUUUGUACCGGUGGUGUGAGGUGCGUCAAGGCCGGCGCGUACGUCAAACAAAAACUCGGCUUUACGGAUGUCCGACGGCUUGAACACGGCGUGGUCGCGUACGAGCGGUGGGCGGCGGGCAGUGGCGAGAGUCGCUUCGAGGGCGAGAAUUUUGUGUUCGACAAGCGCGUCGACGCCGUCGAGGCGCCAGUGAUGUCUGAUGAGGAUCUCGAGGCGCGGCCGCCAUAAUACUAGCUACUAC